GGUGCCGCAGGGGAAGUUCCGCCCCUUCCCCGGGGGCCGCGGGUUCGAGUCCCGGCCCCGCCGCUUCCGCCUCCGGGGCCGGGCCGGGGUCGCGGCGCUGCCAUGUCCUGCCACUUCCAGAAGCUUUUUGGGACCGACGGGGAGCUGGAGGACGAGGAUUUCCUCUCCGCUGUGGAAGAUGCAGAGAACCAGUUUGUGACCCCCAGGCGUUCCUCACCCAGCGUGGCCCCGGUUCCUCCCAGUACAGCCCACCCCAGUACAGCCCACCCCAGUACAGCCCACCCCAGUAAAGCCCCCACCCUCCGGCCCCUCGCCGGGCAGGGCGAGCAUCCCGUGGGAUUGCAGGGACCCCCGUGGCGGGGGGCAGCCCCCCAGGACGAGCUGGACAAUGCCCUUUUCCUGGCUGCCUGCAGGGAGCUGGAGGGUCCCGAGGUGCCCCCGGGGGCUGGCACUGCCCCGGUGCCCCCCGGGCGCCGCGAGAAGCCCCCAGGGAAGGAGAACGCUCAGGAAUGUGCGGCCCCCAAAAAGCUCAGGGUGGGAGAGGAGCCGCUCUCGGGUUCUGGGGGGCUGCAGGACAGGCAGGGCCCCCUCCCCAGUGCCAAACUGGUGCUACGGCCCAGCGCGGCCGGUGCCUGUGCCCCCAGACCCCCCCCUCCCAUGGGAGAGCCGGGAAGCUCCCGAGGGUCCCUCCCUGCUCCGGGGGCUCCGUGCCUGAGGCCUGGCCAAGCCCCCCUAGGAAGGAACAGCUCCUCGGUGCCCUGGACCCCCCCAGCACAGAGCUGCCCCCAGCCCCGGCUGCCCCCCGGCCCCCCGAGCGCCCCCGUGGUCACCAACCACCUGGUGCAGCUGGUGACAGCGGCCAGCAGAGCCCCCCGGGCAGCCCCCCGAGCCCCCGCCCGCAGGGAGAGCCGGCGCUUCCCGGGGCCCGCCGGGAUCCUGCCCCAGCAGCACUCUGGGAAGCUGCUGGAGGAGAUCCUGGUGUCUGCCCCCCAGACUCCAGCUCACGGGGCUGUGGCGAAGCCGCGGGCUCAGGCGCUGCCCAGCUCCCCGCUGCCCACGGAGGAGGAUUUUGGGAAGGGGCCCUGGCUGGCCAUGAAGACGGAGCUGGGGCUGGAUGAGAGGGACCCCAGCUGCUUCCUGCACACCUACAGCGUGGUCAUGGUGCUCCGCAAGGCAGCCCUGAAGCAGCUCCCAAAGAACAAGGUGCCCAGCAUGGCCGUGAUGAUCAAGACCCUGACCAGGAGCAGCGCCGGCGCUGGCGCCGUGUUCCGGGACCCCACAGGGGAGAUGCAGGGCACCGUGCACCGGCUGCUGCUGGAGCAGAGGCAGAGCGAGCUCCGGGCCGGCUCCGUGCUGCUCCUGAGGCAGGUCGGGGUCUUCUCCCCCUCCCACCGCAACCACUACCUCAACGUGACCCCCAACAACCUCCUGCGGAUCUUCCCACCCGAGCCCGAGGGCUGCUCCCCCCAGCAGGUUCCUGCCCAGGCUGAGCUGACCCCAGAGCCCCCUGCACAGCCCACCCGGGGUGUCCCCUUUCCUGAGGACUGGGGACAGUCGAGGACAAGUGGACACAGUGCAGAGCAGCAUCCUGGGGGCUUCUCCCUGUGCCCACCGAGCUCUGAUCCCAGCUGGGAAGAGCCGGUGGGAGCUGAUGGAUGUGACAUGGAUGACCUGGACGGGCUCCUGGGAGAGCUGCCUGAGGAUUUCUUCUCAGCCCCAGCUCAGGUUGACUGUGGCUGAGCCCAGCACAGGGUGACGGUGCCGAGGAGCAGGUGACACACCUGCCACCCACCCGCCUGCUUCUCCGUGGUGUUUGUUGUGGAGCUGAGAGCUGGGGACACCCUGGGGAGAAGUGGCCUCAGCACUUUGGGCACACGGGCUCCCCUCGCUCCCAAACCUGCAUUAAAGGGCUGUUUUGUUUCUGCAUCACCUGUGUCCUCGUGUGUCACCCCUCUGUGCCUUCCCGGGGGUCCCUGCUCCCCCCCUGGGCAGGAGGAGCCAUCCC